UCAGUUGUUCUUGUAAUCGAAUAUUUUUGUGUUACAUGUAUAUGCGAUUGUUUUCAGCAAUAAAUAAAAUAAUUUACACAAACGAAUGUAUAUUAAUAAUUGUAAAAUCCUGACAAAUAAACGAGACGUAAAAAUCUUGAAGUCUUCAAAAAAGUUACAUGCUUGAGUAAAAAUUAACAAUCACUGCCGAUUAAAUAUAUGCAAAUCAGUGUCAGGGUCAUGGUACAAGCAUGGUAGCUGAUAACGAUCGUCCACGUAAUCAGGCCCAAAUAGCCGGAAUGUAAACAUGUCCGUUACGGCUGAAUGGGAAUUGAAACGAUAGGGAAAGUAGUUGAGUUUGGAUAAGCACGUUUGCUAAAUCGCCACACGUCAUACAUCCGUUCGCUUGGCAGCACAGCAUCAUGUACCACUUUGGAAAGUUGCAAUCGCUGCUUCAUAGGAAUCAUUUAACCUUAACCGUCAGAGACACGCACCAGUUGGCGUCGCAGGUCAACAGAAUCAACAAAAUUUUGAUAGCGAACAGAGGGGAGAUAGCAUGCCGCGUCACGAGGACUGCCAGGAAACUUGGCGUGAAGACGGUGGCCGUGUACAGCGAAGCGGACAGAAAUUCUAUGCACGUGGAGCAAGCUGACGAGGCUUAUUGCAUCGGGCCUGCUCAAUCUAGUCAGAGUUACUUACGGCAGGAUAAAAUCAUAUCAGUGGCCAAACAAGCCAAAUGCCAGGCUAUACACCCGGGAUAUGGAUUCCUUUCAGAGAACACCGAGUUUGCUGAACUUUGUCAAAGGGAGAACAUUAUAUUCAUCGGUCCACCAGCCAGUGCCAUCAGAGAUAUGGGUAUAAAGAACACCUCGAAAGCUAUUAUGGCAAACGCUGGUGUUCCUAUUAUAGAAGGAUAUCACGGAGAGGACCAAACGAAUGAAACGUUAUUAGCGGAGGCCAGGAAGAUCGGCUUCCCAUUGAUGAUCAAGGCCGUCCGUGGCGGUGGUGGGAAAGGUAUGAGGAUCGCACUGAAGGAGUCUGAUUUCGCCGAGGCCCUGGAAUCCGCGAGAACCGAGUCCGAGAAGGCAUUCGGGGAUUCGGCGGUGCUCUUGGAGAAAUACGUCGCCGAGCCUAGGCACGUGGAAGUGCAGGUGUUCGCCGACAAACACGGGAACGCCGUUUAUUUAUUCGAGAGAGACUGCUCCGUUCAGAGAAGGCAUCAGAAAGUGAUCGAGGAGGCUCCCGCUCCUGGCAUUUCCCAGGAACUCAGGCAGGAGUUGGGCGAAGCGGCCGUGCGUGCCGCCAAAGCUGUGGGAUACGUCGGUGCCGGAACCGUGGAGUUCAUAAUGGACCGGAAUGCCCACAGUUUUCACUUCAUGGAGAUGAACACGCGUCUUCAGGUGGAGCAUCCGGUUACCGAAGCGAUCACCGGGUUGGAUUUGGUCGAGUGGCAAUUGAGAGUGGCGAGUGGCGAGCAACUCCCGCUUAAACAGGAACAGAUCAGCCUUAACGGCCAUGCAUUUGAAGCGAGAAUCUAUGCAGAGAACCCAAGGAAUGGUUUCUUACCAGGAGCCGGUCAGCUUUUAUACUUGAAACCUCCUCAAGCAGCGGAUAAUGUCAGGGUUGAAACCGGAGUACGGGAAAACGACGAGGUAUCUGUGCACUAUGAUCCAAUGAUAGCAAAAUUGGUGGUCUGGGGGAAAGAUAGAAGCGAAGCUCUUGGAAUACUCAGAUCGAAGCUCAAUGAAUAUAAUAUAGCUGGUCUGGAUACCAAUAUUGAAUUCAUCAAGGAUCUUUGUGCUCAUCCGAAAUUUCAAAGCGGCGAGGUACAUACAGGAUUCAUCGAAGAGAAUUUUGAGCAGCUGUUUCCGAAAUUGCAGACACCUAACGAAGUGUUCAUUCAAGGCACCUUGGCUUCGAUACUGAUCGAAGAUAUGAACUCGCUAAGCGCGUCUUUAGACACGAAAGACCCCUUCAGUCCAUUUGCGAUGGAAAUUGGCGUCAGGCUAAAUCAUAUCUUGACACAGUCAUUUCAUUUCAAUGUUGGAAAGGACAGUAACAUGGUGGAAGUGAAAUAUACUGAACCAAACGAGUACUUGAUGAGAGUUAACAGAUUAGGACCCUGGAAAAAAGUAACUGGAACUUUGAAGAAGAUGGACGGUGCUUUAGAAUUAUUCGCAGAGAUUGGUGGAGUCAUCGCUAAAACACGGAUAGCGAAACUUGAUAAUAAGCUACAUAUAUUUACCAAGGAUCGAGAGUGGCAGCUGGUCAUUCCUACUCCUAAAUUUGUGACUGCGCUUAUAAAUCGGGCUGAACAAAAUCCAUGCACAGCGUUGAGCCCAAUGCCUGGUUUGGUGGAUAAGAUUUUUGUUAACAAGGGAGAUGUAGUGAAAAAAGGCGACUCGUUGCUUGUUAUUGUUGCUAUGAAAAUGGAACAUAUCAUUAAAGCAUCUAUCGAUGGAACAGUUGAGGACGUAUUGUGCUCUGUAGGUGAAAAUGUUACCAAAAAUAAGCUUCUUGUAAGAUUGACAGAAGCUAAAACGUAACAUUGUGUGAUAGGAAAAGCAUACAAAUAUACAAAAUUAUUUUAUUACGUUAUAAUGUGAAUAGAAAAAAUAUAUUGAUAUGUUGUGAGAAAAGAA